AUGGUCAGCGCCAGUCGGCAGACGAUCAGCUCCCAAGGCGGUCGUGUUGAAGAGCAAUCUCGAGUGCUCGAUAAAGAUCCGCAGCCGGAACCGGAAGCAAGCAUGCGCUGGCUGCCGAAAGUUUGCCUAAUACUGGCGCUCUUCGCGACCACCGCUUGGCCACAGAUUGGUGUAACCGCGCAACGGAAACGACGCCCAACGGUCAGGCCUACCACAAGCACCACCACCACCAUCAUGCCAGUGAACCACGGGAGUGUACCGGGCGUAAAAGCACCACCGGUUGGUACCGCAUUGCCACCGACUGGAAAGCGUUGUUCCGAUGGUAGUUCCGGUGGCAUGGUUUCACUUUCGCAGGAACUGGAAACCGUUCCGGGUACCGAGUGGACCAUCGUGGGAGCAUCGAGGCAGCAACCGGAUCCAUCGCCGAAAGUGGGUUCGAAACCGGUGGCGAAGGUCAACAACGGCACAUCGCCCGACCCCGGUGACACGCGGUUCCGAUCCUACAUGCAAUCGCACCACAAACGAUACUACGCCAAGUACCGGGCCGACCGGAGACGAUCCGCCUUCCUACACAACCUGGAGGAGAUCAACGAGCAUAACCAGCAGUUUAAGGCCGGCAAGAGCCGCUUCCGACUGGCACCGAAUGCGUUCGCCGAUAUGCCAAACAGCGAGUACCGGAAGCGGCUGGUGAGGCUAAAGACGGACACACACCGCAAGGUAAGACAAACGAUCGCGGACGAGCUGGUGCGCCAGGCCGGUGCCAUACCGGAGGCGUUGGAUUGGCGCGAAAAGGGCUUUAAGACGGAGGCCGCCAAUCAAAAGUCCUGCGGUUCAUGCUACGCGUUCAGCGUCGGUUACGCAAUCGCCGCGCAGCUGAUGAAGCACAUUGGGCGCGUCGAGCUGGUGAGCGAGCAGCAGAUGGUGGACUGUUCGACCUCGGAGGGCAAUCUGGGCUGCGGAGGUGGUUCACUGCGGAACACACUCAAGUAUCUGGAAAAGGCGGGCGGCGUGAUGCGCCAGGUCGACUAUCCGUACGCUAAUUCGGUAGGUAACGGGUAA